GCCCCCGCGCUGGGGCUGACGGGAGUCGUAGUCCGCCGGGCGGCCCCUCCCCCGACGUGCGCGUCCCCGGGCGGCCGGGGCGUCUGGCCGGUCCUGCUGCGAGAUGGCGGCGCCCGGAGCGGAGCCCGACGCGGAGCUGGAGGAGCUGCUGGCGAGCGCCCUGGAGGACUUCGAGAGGGCCGCGCCGGCGCCCGGGGAGCCCGCCGGAGGCGGCGGGAGCAGCGCGGAGCCGGCGGGGGAGGCGCAGGGCCGGCUGCUGGCCGCGCAGGAGACCUUCUUCCAGGAGCUCUUCGAGGGCGAGCUGGCCUCGCAGGCGAGCGCCGAAUUCGAGCGGGCCAUGGCGGAGCUGGCGGCCGAGGAGCCGCUGCUGGUGCAGCAGUUCGAGAGGCUCUCCGCCGCCGCGGGCAGAGUCGGGAGCGACCCGGCGUCCCGCCAGGAGUUCACCUCCUGCCUGAAGGAGACGCUCAGCGGGCUGGCCAGGAACGCAGACGACCUGCAGAAUUCCGGGGUGUCGGAGGAGGAGCUGAGCAGGACGAUGGAGGGGCUCGGCCUGGAGGAGGGGGAUGGCGGAGAAGGCAACCUGUGGCCCAUCAUGCACAGCAUCAUGCAGAACCUGCUCUCCAAGGACGUGCUCUACCCCUCCCUCAAGGAGAUCACAGAGAAAUACCCCGAGUGGCUCCAGAGACACCGAGACUCCUUGCCCAAGGAGCAGUAUGAGAAGUACCAGGAGCAGCACAGCGUCAUGGGAAGGAUCUGCGAGCAGUUCGAGGCUGAGCUGCCCACGGACGGUGACCUGGAGCACAGGGCUCGCUUUGAAACGAUCUUGGACCUGAUGCAGCAGCUGCAGGACCUGGGGCAUCCUCCCAAGGAGCUGGCCGGAGAAUCGCCUCCUGGCCUGAACUUUGACCUCGAAGGACUGAAUCUGCCUGAUACUGGAGGCGCCGGAGGCGAGCAGUGCCAGAUUAUGUGACCUGCUCCCGUGCCAAAGGGACUGAGGAGAUGGGAGGGCUCUGUGGUGGGUCGAGGUGUUUUGUUUCUCCCCCCACCCCGUUUUUUGUCAUCACCAGAUGCCAGAGGCUGGCUGCCUUUGCUAAACCCGGCACGUGGUUUUGCAGGGAUCCCACAAGGGACGUAGCAAGCCAGAGGGAUGAUACCCUGAGGUCAGGUGCCAGCUUUGCCGCUUGGCUUCUGAAGAGACUAAUUGCACUAAUUGAAGGCCCCAGGAACGUCUCUUCUUUUCUGUCCCGAGUUGAUGGACAUGCUCUCUCUGGAUGGGAUGAGGUUGCCAUCGGUGAAAUAAUCAGGCCAAGGGAGGAAACGGUGGCUCAUGAGAGUCCUCUGCGUGAAGGGAAACCUCCUGCACCCACUUCUGAAGGCCCAGCUCUGCUGCUCUUCUCAGGCAGCUCUGGCUGUGACCCCCAGUUCAGUGUCUGUAAUUGGAGCCGCCCCUUUCCUUGAGCCCCAGCCGGCCAGUCUCUGGAUCGGGGAGCUAGAGGGCCCCUUUUGAUGAUGCCAGGCCAGCUGUCUGGCUCCCCGGACUUGCCCAAAGUCAGUGUGGGGCUUUUUUUUUUUUGCUGUAGCCCCAAAUAUUAACAUUCCCCUGUCCCACAUUAGUGCUACUGCUUUGUGAGAACUGCUUGUAUGGGGAGAUAGCUAGGAAGCAGGCCGCCUUUGCCACUGGCCACAAGGGUGUUUCUGCCAGCAGCUGAUGUUGCAGGAGGGAGAGCCGCUCUCCUUGGCUGAAUCUGGCCGGACUGAAUGAGGUUUGGGAAGGGCAAUUCUUGAAAUAAAGGUGGAGGUUCAUGGUU